UGUUGGUCUGGCCGUCGAUGUAGGGGCUGCUUCGAAUGGCAUAAGUGAUGCCGGCGAGGAGUUCUCAAAUAACAUACUCUCCGAUCUGGCGCCACUUUUAACACUGUUCGGCGAGCAGGAUGCAAAGCAGUUCAUGUCCCAGUCGUUGGGUUGGGCCGACAACAUCAUGUUCGCCAUGGCGCCUCUCGGUAUCAUCACUGCAAUGGUUGGAGCAAUUCAUGCUAGUGGACCAACAUGGCUGAAAGCAAUCAUCUGAAGGGCAAGGGAAACCCGUGCCGUUGUCGAAGCGGAGUUGAUGUCUUCUACCUCCACGGAA